CCAAUACAUAUUUUCCAGAAUCUCACAUGAGACGAAAAUUCCCUUCCGCUUUCUUUCCGUUCGUGGUCAGCCCCUAGACCGAGGCUACCAGGUUCUCGCUCGUGAAACCCAAUUUUCUCAAAAUGGGUUUUGUGAAAGUGGUCAAGAAUAAAGCUUACUUCAAGCGCUUCCAAGUGAAGUUCAGGAGGAGGCGCGAAGGCAAGACUGAUUACUAUGCCCGUAAGCGUCUUGUCAUCCAGGCCAAGAACAAGUACAACACUCCCAAGCACCGUAUUGUGGUGCGCAUCACCAACCGGGAUGUGAUUGCCCAGGUAGCAUAUGCCAGGAUUGAGGGAGAUGUGAUUGUCGCUGCUGCGUACGCUCAUGAACUCCCUCGCUACGGCAUCAAGGUUGGGCUGACCAACUACGCAUCGUGCUACUGCACUGGACUCCUGCUUGCCAGGAGGAUUCUGAAGAAAUUCAACUUGGACACCGUCUAUGAAGGACAAACUGAAGUCGAUGGUGAAAUGUACUCUGUAGAACAUGUUGAUGAUGGACCAGGUGCCUUCCGUGCUCAUCUCGACACUGGCUUGGCUCACACCACCACUGGUGCCAGGAUCUUUGGUGUCAUGAAGGGUGCCGUUGAUGGUGGCAUUGAGAUCCCCCACAGGUAAGGGCUUGCAUGAGGAAUCUAGUAU